AGAACCAAAUUUUGGGAGGAAAACAGCGCUUAAAACCCUGAAAAACCCCCAUUUUUGCUCAGCGAAAAAUUCAAAAACCCAUUUGGAUUUUACAUCUUCAGGCUUCGAUUAAUGGAGGACAAACAAAAAUUUAAAGACAGUAGUCAAGUGUCUGUGUCAUCUUUCCUCCAUAACAACAAAAACAACACUCAGUUCUUCGUAUGGAAGGAGUUCUUGUUCGGAGCAGCUGCAGGGGGAUUUGGUGAAGGGAUGAUGCAUCCAAUUGAUACUAUAAAGACGCGGAUGCAGAGUCAAGCUAUACUUAGCGAAGCCAAGCCUGCAAAGAGUAUCUUGGAGAUGGUUCGGAAAGUCUGGGCUGUUGAUGGAUAUAGAGGGCUCUAUAGAGGAGUAACUCCUGCACUAACAGGAUCCCUUGCAACUGGGGCAACAUAUUUUGGUGUCAUUGAGUCCACUAAAAAGUGGAUCGAAGAAUUGCAUCCGAACCUCGGGGGUCAUUGGGCAUACUUCAUUGCUGGAGGAGCUGGAGAUACACUUGGAUCUUUUAUCUAUGUACCAUGCGAAGUGGUGAAACAGCGUAUGCAGGUACAAGGCACCAAAAAGUCUUGGAGUUCUAUGGUCAUGAAAGAAAAUGUCUGCCAGAAAUCUGGAGGAAAAAUGUAUGUGUACUACUCCGGCAUAUUUCAGGCAGGCUCCUCAAUUUGGAAACAACAAGGUCUGCGGGGGUUAUACGCUGGAUAUUGGUCUACUCUUGCAAGAGAUGUCCCAUUUGCUGGUCUUAUGGUUACAUUUUAUGAAUCCCUGAGGGAUUUUGCUGAAUAUGGGAAGCAAAGAUGGUUGCCUAACUCAGAUAUUCAACCUAGUAAUUCUGUUGAGGGGUUACUACUAGGGGGCUUGGCCGGUGGUUUUAGUGCAUAUCUCACUACCCCGCUUGAUGUCAUCAAAACAAGACUUCAAGUACAAGGUCCAAUUGUGAGGUAUAAAGGCUGGUUGGAUGCGGUUACUAGGAUUUGGAUGAUUGAAGGUGGAAGGGGUUUGUUUAGAGGCAGUGUACCUAGAGUCAUAUGGUAUGUUCCAGCCUCUGCUCUCACAUUCAUGGCGGUAGAAUUCCUCAGAGAUACUUUCGGAACUGAAGUAGACAGCAACGAAGUUACAAAUUUGUCUAUAGAUAAAACAAGUACAACCUUACCGGAGGUGGCCUAG